UCUUCUCCAGCAUUCUUAUCUACAGAUUGCACUUUAUCGCUUGAACGAGUAUGUGCACGUAGCUGUCUCUCACUCAGGUGAGCUCUUCGGGGGCGCGUACGAAAGGUAUAGCACCGCUGGUUGAGGAAAUAGUUGAAAAUAAGUGUAACACAGUGUAACAUAUCUGCCAUACAUUUCUGGGAACAAAACAAAAAAAAAUCUAAUUUAAAUGGCAAUUACAAUCUGAAGAAAAUGUAAAUCUAUCCCUUUAAAUUACUUCUGCACACACAAGACGUACAUAAUGGAACAGGAGGAAGUGAAAGAUUUUAAAACACUACAAGCCAGGUUCCAGAACAAUUCUGAUUUUCUGAAGAACAACAGCCUCUGGAACAGACCCCCUGUAGCAGUGAAAUCAAAGGCGGUGAAUCUGCCUGAGAAGCGUGUUCAUCCUCCACCAGUGAAGAAUACAGGAGGGGCUCUCUCUCCUAGUGCAGUCAGUGAUGAAGUGAGUGAAACAGCUGGACCAGGCAGAAAGCAUGCACUGCCUGUAAAAUCCAGCACUCUGCUCUCCACCAGGCCACUACCAGAUAAAACCAUGUUAAACUGUACAGGAGCCGGCACAUUUAAAGCAGGGGUGGUGGUGAGGGAGGAAGGAAAGGAUGUACAGCCCUCAGCAGGCUUCAAGCACAUUCGAAGGCUGUGGGAGAAUACCUUAUCCCAGCACAUGGAGAGUCCGGAUCUUGCUCAGCUGAACCAUGGUGGAUUUGUUAAGCCCUUCUCAAGACGCCACAGCACAGCAUGGGAAGCAACGGGAAAUGGAUCAUCAUCAACAACUGGAAAACGCCAAGUGGAAAAGACGUCUUGCCAAACUUGCCAAACUAGAGACUUCCCCCCAGUGCCUCCUAAAGAUUACAUGGAGGGGCACCCCUGUCCAGUGAAGGAACAGACUGACAUCUCUAAAUGCCCUCCCCCUGUGCCUCCUAAAGAUUACAUGGAUUCCUGUCCAGUGAAGGAACAGGCAGAUUCCCCUUGGAAAGCCUCAGCUGUGUCUUUCCCUGCUGACACCAAACCUGCAGAUGCAGACCUGGCCACUGACGGGUCACUCUAUGAGGAGCAGCUAUCUAACAUUCUGGAGUGUAACGAAGCUCAGCAACCAGGUGGUGAAUCCAGAGGCCACACUCCGAGGCGGAAAGCACUUCCCGAUGUGCAGUCGCUAGGGACACCACCAAAGAAACCAAUGAGGCCUGCACACGUGGAUCUCAGCCAAUUCCAUAAGGCAACCAGAGCAACCAAAGCCCUGGGUGAAAUGAUUACAGCACCUUUCAGGGCAACACCUCCUGAAGACUUUGAGAACAAUUCGUCUCCAAAAGUUGAAAGGUCACUAUGUCAGAUAAUUUCUGAAGAUCAGGAAGAAAAACAAAAACAGGCAUGCAAACAAGAUAUCAGCCAGCUAGACUCUAAACAGAACUCCGAGCCAUUCCAAUUGAUUGCAGACAUUCUGAUCAGUAAUGAUGCUGUGGAUCCUGGAAUUUAUGAGGAAUAUGAUGCAUUGUAUCAAGAUGUAGAAAUAACACGGCUUGAAAAGGAUGCUGGCAACGUCACAGCUACUGGAACUGGAACCCAAGAUCAGGUCAAGAACUCGGCUGAAAAGAAAAGCUUCUUGUUUAAAAAAUGCAGCAGCAAUGAACAAGCAGUGAAAAAGAAAGAGAAGGGAGAAAGGCAACACCUCGAGAAGGAGAAGAAGAAACUCAAAGAAAAGAAAGAGAAAGAAAUGAAAAAAAGGUUUAACGUCACUGGAUUGGAAGACACGAUCUACCGUGCGGAGGUGAAGGAGGAAAGUAAAGGAGGAAAGAAUGACCUGGCAGUAAAGCAGGGCGAUGUGGUGGACCUCAUCAGGACCACUAAAUGUCCCACUGGCAAGUGGCUGGCGAAAGACUGGGAUGGAAACUAUGGCUACAUCUCUGUAGCCGCCCUGGAGAUGGAUUUUAAGGAAAUUCGUGAACUUGGAAAGAGGGUAUCAGCAAUGGGGCUCCAUCCAUCUGACACAGUCGAUCAAGGAGACAGCUGUAGUCUUUCAGAUUAUGAAGACAUAUUUGACGACAUUUAUGAUGAUGCUAAAACUGAAGAAAAGGAUUCACUAGAGAAGUAUGAAAAGCCUAAAAAGUUGGCAAAUGUUUUUCUCAAAUAUAAAGAAUACAUUGAAAAGAAGAAAAUGGAGAAAGAGAGGUUCGCUGUGGAAGAAACUGAAAGAACUGAAGAAGGAAAUGAAAAUGAUAUUUAUGAUGAUGCUGAGGUGGAAAAAAAGGACUUACCAAGUAAUAAAAUGGUGAAUAUUUUCCACAAAAUAAAAGUAAACAAGGAAAAGAAGAAAGAAAAAGGUGAAACUGAAAGAGCUGAAGAAUGGCAAGGAAACCGAUAUAUUGAUGAACCCUCACACAACAGAGAGAGGACUGGAGGCCUGUUCAAAUUCAAGAAUCCCAAUGCAAAUGAAGAGAAGUCAAAGAAAAAUAAAAGUUUCAGGGAUGAGAAGGAGUUCAGGCAGAAGUUUCAGUACACAAAGGAGAUUGAAGUUCAGAACACAGUGGUGGUGAAUAGCAUUGUUGUGCAGAAUUCUCCCAGUGACCUCAAUCUCGAUAUCAAACCAGGAGAGAAGCUCGAUAUUAUCGACGUGACCAAGGAUGACAAGAUUAUUUGCAGGAAUAUGAGGGGCAAAUAUGGCUAUGUCUCUAUAGAAAAUAUUACCUGCAGCUAGCAAUACUCAAGCCAAGAACCAAAGAAAAAUAUUGUUUCCAAACUUGACUAGCUCAUAUGGUGCAUGUGAUAAUUUCUAAUGAAUGACCUUUUAACCUGUGCCAAUGACUUGUAAAGCACUUACUGCUGUAAUUAUGAUCUAAUGAGUAAUAAUGGCAAUUAUUAGCAACACUGUGUUUUUUUUGUUUGUUUUUUUUUUUAACAAAAGAGCCAAUCACAGCAUAGGUUACUAAGGACCAAAAGGACACUUUCACACUGAGAAACCAACCAUCACAUUUAGGAGUUUUCUAGCAGUCUCAUAUACAAUCGGUUCUGUUCUGGUUCUGGUCCUGCGAGUGAAGUAGAAGAAGAACUGAAAACAGCCACAUUAAUUUUUACAAUUAAUGUUUAUUAAAGUGCAAAUAAUCAUAAGAGCAACAUCACAUGAAAAAACACCUAGAACCAGGACCCGGUGGGGCGGCAGUGCAGUGGUACAGAGAAGGCUCUUAUCUGGAUCAGUCCGAGACAUUGUAGCUUUCCUAUGAGCUCAGCUAGUCACAACUGGGCUUAACUAGACAUCACAGAGGCCACAAACUCUUCUGUGACUAAUUAAGCUCACUGUGAACAAGGAAUGGCCUGAAGUGCACUGCGGUGGGAGUCUUAUCUGUUACACUGCAGGAGGCGGGUGAUUAUCACACACCAACUAGAGCUUUAAGCAAUAAUAAUCAGAAUGUUAACAGCUUCACAGUUUGGCACACUGCCAAAAAAAUAUCGUUUUAAAAAAAACAUAAAUAAAAAAAUAUAUAUAUGUUUAACUGGGAUUUUAAGUGUAAAAACAAACAAAAAAGUGGCACCAACAAAAUGUCUGCUGCAUCAAAUAAGUGAUACUCAAAAUGCAAGCUUUGUAACAGUGUUCUAUCAAUUGUUACAUCAUGAAAGAGAUAGAACUGGGUCUCUAAAUAGUUCAUAUUCAGCAAAGAGCAAUGCAAAUUUGAGAUCUGUAGGUCUGCCAGGUCAUUUGCACUGUAGUAGUUUACAAUGCCCAAACUAUAAAAAGGAUUUAGAAAGAACCAUGUGCACAUGUACAGUACCAUUAGAUGAAUACACAAACUGGUCUGACUGUAAUGAUAAUACAUGUCAUAGUAUAAUGAGUAAAGGGCACUGUACAUGAAACUAAAAUAAACUGGUUCAAGUGCCAGUGUUUUUUUUUUUUUUGUUCGUUUGUUUGUUUUUCCAUUGAUUACAAAGACAUUGCAAUAGCUUUAAACUUUUUUUCAUGAUGUGCAAAAAACAACAUAUACAACAUGGUGCAAAUACACAGUAGCCAUCAGUAGGCGUGCUGUCUUGCAUACAAUGCGUACGAGAGAUUAAACAGGAAGCAGAUGUUCAGCAAGCUGUAGGCCCAAUGGCAGGGCUGUGAACAAUGCCAGGAGUUCCCACAGGUGGCCUCCAAUGCUUCCCAUCACCCUGGCAAGUCGACUAAUUUUUUUUUUUUCGGGAUGUAAAUCUACGUGUACUAGACUGACAUCUGGUUUAACAGAUCCCCGAUUAGCACUAGUCAUGGACUACCUUACCUAAGGUAAUCAAGAAAAGAUUUUAAAUCAAUGGAAGAUUCCUCAUAAAACAGCAUAUUUUUGGUUAAAGGUUUAGUGAAAAACAACAGUUUAUGUUUUCGUUAAAACCUUUACAGCCUUAAUUGCUCCCCUCGUGCAACACACAGCUGUGAUUCUAUUGCAUGCUGAGCUGACUGCUCACUCUUUCCACUCCGGCACAGUUAGUUUGAUCAGUGAGGUUAAACCAGAUAUUCUACAAUACUGAAUCAACACACAUAAAUAAAUAGGUAUAGUACUAAAAUGAAAGUCUGUAACAAAAAAAACAUAUAUGUACUUUUAAGGCAACUUCAGUGGCUGUCCUUGGUUUUGUCAUCCUGUACGUGCCUUUAACGUUCCCUUGGGCAGAUCCCAACCCAAGCUUACUGUGUUUGCCAGGAUUAUCGUCACUGAUAUUUUGACUUUGUGAAGUGUCUUGAGAUGCUUCCCUUACAAGGUCCCAGAGAAAGGUUUUGUUUUUUAUUGUAAUAUAAGCAAUGCACAAGGGAAAACAGAACACCUAAUCUGUCUGGGAUUUUGUUGCAUGUAAAAAAAGGAGCUGUGAGAAAAGCCUAUCCGGGAGUGCAGUACCAGUAAUGCAGGAUGGCUGAGAAAGAGCACAGUAAAGUCUACAGUUAUGCACUGUUACCACUGCAAUACUGUAAGUAUUGCAGAUACUGUGGCACUCUUAAGACCAUAACUGGAAUGUGCAUGUUAGUUACUUAUGUGAAUACCCCCCUUACAAUAGAACAAAGUGGUUUGGCUUGCAUAAAAUCAGGUGACAGCUAUUUUCAAUUCAAACCCAGGACAGUUUCUGAAGCUAAUAGACUGCAGCAGCUACAGUAGUAGUGAUUGCUUCAGCACUGUGUCUGAACAGACACUUGAAAUGCAGUGCAACCCCAGCAGGGUAUCAUUCAGGACUACAUUUCUCUCUGAAGAAACUGAAUGCUCAGGAACAUAAAACCCUUAUUGAUCCCAAUCAGAACCUGUUUCAUUUAUACAGUAGAAAAAUAACUUUAGUGAAGAAGCUGCAUGCGGAAGGAUUGUGCAGCAAACCGUUUGAUUGAAUGUGUGUUUGAUUGACUUUACCAAGUACUGAUUGCUCAGGUAAACCCAUCUAGCCUCCACAAGCAAGAGGGCAGACUGGUAUUAAUUCGACAGUGUGGGCACUAGAACACUAGUGUUAGCACUCAACUGCCCUAAAUGGAAACACACGUGUCCUGAUCUAUCCCAGUACAGUGUAUCAGGCUACCAUACAUCAGCUAUCAAUUUACAGGGUUCAGACUCCAAGCAAAUACAAAUGUGUAAUAAAACAGGCACAGGCACUUCAUAGGAAGACAAAGUCUACAAUAUCCUUUUGGGGGCAUUGCUGACAUUGAAAAUACCAUGCUGUCUUUAAAAUUAUUGGCUUGUACCUGACAUACUGGCAAGCUGAGGUGAAUUUCAUUAUAAACGAAUAAAUCAAUAAAAUACCAAUUUUUUUCCUGUUUAUGGAGCGAAACCUCCGUUCUCCAAAGGAACUGGGGCCGUUUGUAAAGCGGAUCUGAUCAGAUCAUUGAGUUUUGAAAAGUAAUGUUGCAUCUCAGUCAGUCCAACCAUUCAACUGAGAUUCUUCAAAUACAAAUCAACAGACCAUGCGCCCUCUACCUAUUGAAACACUGACCCAUUGAAAUGGAAUAUAAACCUCAACUAAUUACUGACACACAUUAAAAAAAAAUAAUAAUAAUAAUAAUAAUAAUAAUAAUAAUAAUAAUAAUAAUAAUAUAGAUUCAAAUAAUGCUAUACAGAGCGAUAGACUGCAACCCAAAACAUCAUAAACAGUUUUACAAAUCGGACUACAGUAUUAAAUC